AUGAAUAAACGAAUUGAACGCAUCAAUCAAAUAAUUCGUGAUUUAAAUCAUCUUGAAUCAUGUGCAGCUGAUACUCUUAUUGGAACUGAUUUUAUAAGAGGUGUAUCAGGACUUGAUGCAUGUACAGCACAGAAUGUUAUCAGUUGUUUACAUAAAUUAUCAAGACAAGAACAUAGAAAUAUAAACGAAAAUAAAGAUAAUUAUUUAUUAAAAUAUGAUACAAGUCGAACAUAUUUUAAUGAAUUUUAUUAUGUUUCAAAACGAAAAUUAUGUAAUGUUCUACGAAAUCCAUCAUUAUUUGCAUCACAAAUUAUUAGUUUUAUUAUAUAUGGUUUAUUUACAGGUUUAAUUUUUAAUAAAUUAGAUAGAACAGUUGAAACAGGUGUAUAUAAUCGUUUUGGUGUAAUUUUUUUUAUUAUAUCUUGUCAAGUACUUGGUGCAGUCAAUGCAUUAGAACCAUUGAUCAAAGAACGAGCAAUUUUUAUUCAUGAAAAUGUUAGUGGUUAUUAUCGAGUAUCAAGUUUUUAUUUUGCUAAAUUAAUAAUUGAUUUACCAUUAGUACAUAUUAUUCCUUCAAUUAUUUAUACAAUAAUUACUUUUUUCUUGACUGAUCUUCGUCAAUCAAUUGAAAAUUUUUUUCUUUUUUUUAUAACAAAUCUCAUGGCAAAAAUAUUUGGUUCAUCUAUGUGUUAUUUUAUUGCUGCUAGUACAUCAACAUUUGGUUAA